UUCUAACUGGUAAGCUCUUUAAUCGUCCAGACUCCGAUGAGAUCUUCGAUAAAGAUCUACUUGUAAGAUCAAUUUUAGAGUAGAUCAGUACUUGUCAAAGUGACGUAUUAUGCCACGUGUCGGCCCCACGUCGACCCCCUUCUCCAGCUGGCGUCUGGAGACUGACGUACGUCUCCCUCUUUAUGAUGAAUGUAGAAUCAAGUCGAACUGCGCCUGAUUGUGUUCGACGUUUGGAGCACUGAAAUAUAGGUUUGGAGGUCUGUAGUAAAAGAUGGUGGUCCAGGAGGAGAAUUCCGAAAUAGACACCGAAACUUUCGGUAAAGAAGACGUCGAGGUGUCGAACGACGAGAAAAUUUACUCACUAGAAAUUUUGAAAAUAAUCAAAGAUGCCCAGCAACAGCAUGGCCUAAGGCACAGCGACUAUCAACGCUAUAGAGGAUAUUGCUCUCGGCGAUUACGUAGACUACGUAAAGUUCUGAAAGUGCCACAGGGUGACAGGCGUCAUUUCAAACGUCGGGAUGUCGUUCCUGCAAUGGUCAGUGAUGACAAGUUCUUACAAGUUCCAUUGACAAUGGCUGAGAGAGCUUGGAGCUAUGCUAUGCAAUUACGCCAAGAGUCAAACACAGAACCCAGAAAAAAAUUUCAUCUUAUCAGCAGACUCAGGAAAGCUACAGCUUAUUCUCUGCAGUUGCAAGAACUGAUUGAGAGUGUUAACUGUAAUGCCCGCACUAAGCUGGAGGCUCAAGCUUACGUUGCUUGGAUGCAUGGCUCUCUUCAUUUCGAGUUACAACUGUGGAAACCAGCAAUGGAGAACUUGAAGAAGGCUCAAGUUGUUUACGAAAAAUUAGCUUCGGCAUUGCCAGACUUGGAACAAAUAAUUUAUAAGGCUAAGGUUGAAGAGUUAGCUCCUAGUCUCAGAUACUGUGCCUAUAAUAUCGGGGAUACUUCUGCUAUUGAUGAUCUGAUGCAGAUGAGAGGGCAACUCAGUGGAGAAUUGCUUGCUAGUUUAGAUUCUUUGAUGGCACAAACUCGGGAAAAACAAUCAACUGCGGAGGAAGUAACAUGGCGUGGUAAAUCAUGUGGAACUGUACCACCAAGAGCAGCUGGUUUAUUAAUAUCAGACUCAAGAUUGAAUCAGACUCUUGCUAAGGCACCUAACAAUCAAGCAAAGAUUGAUUUGCUAGAAGCUCAUCUCAUAGAUUGUAAAGACGCUAUAGCAGCUGUAAGAGAGGACUUCAAAGUUGAGCUGAAAAAUCGUGACUCCGACAAACCUAAUGCUUCACAGCACUUAGUAACAUAUUUGCAGUACAUUAGAUUAUCAAGAACUUUGGAGAGAUACUUGACUCUCGUGAAAGUGGCUCAGGAGUCUGACAAGACCAAGCCUCAGGAUAUCGUCAGAUUGUAUGAAGCAGCAUUGCAUAAUCUUGUGGAAAUUGCUCAACUUCAAGAAGAUGAGGCUUAUCAAAAAGAGCAGGAUGCUAAAACUAAAGGUUAUCGUGCGUUUAGAUGUUUCUACAUGGCUCAAUCGUUGGCCAAUCUUCAUAGAUGGCGAGAUGCUAUGGCCUUGUAUCAAAGAUCUUUUCAACACGCUACAGACGCACUCAAGGAAUCUACCCUCUUACCGGAUGAUCUUAAAAAUGAACUACAAAAAUUAGAGACAUUGAUCGAAGGGGCUCAAUAUGCAGCUCAUGCUCAUAGCGUACUUGAAGAAGGUCAAGACGAAGAACCUGGUGUGAAUAAGCAGACAAGAAGUAAGAAGCCUCUGUACGAACGGUUGCAUGAAUACAGAGAAGACACAUCUCUUCUGACUAAACAACCAAAUGUAUACAAACUUCCACCGCCAAUGCAGAGUAUACCUUGUAAGCCCUUGUUCUUUGACUUGGCUUUCAAUCUUGCUGAAUUUCCUGAUUUGUCUGAUAAAUUAGGAGAUCAGGGGAAAAAAUCAGGACAGGCUGGCCUUACUGGAUUUGUUAAAGGCCUCUGGGGAUGGGGAAAUAAGUAAUCGUCGUUCAUGAAAAUUAUAAAAAUUCCUUAAUUUUUGACAAGGUUCAAGAAUUUUUGUUAUUCGAAUGCAAUUCAAAAUUCUACUCACCUUGACAGAAUUUGGGUUGAUAAUUUGUAUCAGUAAUAAAAAAAACAAGGUAAAAUGAAA